GGCUCUCCUCCUCACCGCCAUUACCUGCCCCUCUCUCUCAGAUCCUCUCAUAUAUUCCUCCCUCUCUCUCUCUAGAGAUCUCUCUCCAUAGAGCCCAGCACUACUCACUGAAAUCCAAAUCUUUACGCAUACAAAUAUAUAAAAGCUUUCUUCUUUCAAAAAUUUGGCGCUUUACAAUUGAUAAACAACUCUUUCCUCUUUUUUCUCUUUCUUGAAAUAACUGGAAAUUCACGUACUGAAUCUUUAAACAAAAACCUAGAUUUACAAAUUUUGAUUUCAUAAUCAGGUGGUUAAUAGGUUGUGGUUCUGAAUCUGGUUGGAUCUCUGUGUUUAUGGAUCUUGAUUGGAAACCGUAAUUGAGCAAAUCGCGUUAAGAUUUAACUUGAAUCAAAGAAAUUGUAAUUUUAAGAAUUUGGUUUUUGAGAUUCUUGACUAAGUGGAAAUUUGUGGGUAUUUUGAGACCGGUGGAUAACGAAACAAGGGGAAUGGCUGAAGUGGGUCUAGAAGGGAGCCAACCAGUGGAUUUGUCUAAGCACCCAUCUGGGAUUGUGCCUACUCUUCAGAAUAUCGUCUCAACUGUCAACUUGGAUUGCAAGUUGGAUCUUAAAGCUAUUGCAUUGCAAGCACGUAAUGCUGAAUACAAUCCAAAGCGUUUUGCUGCUGUUAUUAUGAGGAUAAGAGAACCAAAGACUACAGCUUUGAUUUUCGCAUCUGGAAAGAUGGUUUGCACCGGGGCAAAGAGUGAACAAUCAUCUAAGCUUGCAGCAAGGAAGUAUGCAAGGAUAAUCCAGAAGCUUGGGUUCGAUGCCAAAUUUAAGGAUUUCAAGAUUCAGAAUAUAGUUGGAUCCUGUGAUGUGAAAUUUCCCAUUAGACUUGAAGGUUUGGCGUACUCGCAUGGUGCUUUUUCAAGUUAUGAACCAGAAUUGUUUCCAGGAUUGAUAUACCGAAUGAAGCAACCCAAGAUUGUGCUGCUCAUUUUUGUGUCUGGCAAGAUUGUCCUCACUGGAGCAAAGGUGCGGGAUGAGACAUAUACUGCUUUUGAGAACAUCUACCCUGUGCUUACAGAGUUCAGGAAGAACCAGCAAUGACCUUCUGCUGUAACUGUGCAGAUACUCAUUUGAAGGAGCAAGGUUGAAGUGGGAUCACUAUUUGGAAGCACGACAUACAGAAUGUGCGACAAAGGGUCUUAUGAGUGGAGUUAUCGGCUCUUCUCUUCUUGAGUUGCGAGUACUUGAAGCAACAAUGUGGUUGAGGACCAUAUAUGUGUUUCUGCCAACAGGUCGACUGUGAUACUGCUAAAAUUUCUCCAAGUUAGGCCCAAUAUUCUGGUUUUUCCAAAAUCAGGUCAUCCUGAAAACCUACCAAUUACAAAAAUAAAAGUAGAAUCAUGACUUGGUAGUGUGAAAAUUAUGAAUGUUGUACCUCAGAAGUUGGAAGUUUGUAAAAGAUAGAGAGGGUUUAAAAAUAUCAGAGAUAGAAAGAGGAGGGUGUAUUUGCUGUUGUCAAUUGCGUUCAUUAGGAAAAACAAAUUUUGCAUUCCUUUGUUAUUUAGAUGUAUACUGGGAUUGUGUUAUCUGCUUAGGCGCGCAAAAAAUCUAAAUUUAAGUCAAUCAACUGACAAAGAGUUUUUAAGUC